AUGUCUCUGGUGAGCGCAGUGCAUUUCAUGAAGCCGCUCCACAUGCGCUCCCCGGGGCCACAGGGACGCCGCCACACGCUGCCGGCCAGCGAGUUCCGCUCCCUCAGCCCGGAGGACGCCAUCAGUGUGUUCGAGAUCGAGAGAGAAGCCUUCAUCUCAGUGUCAGGUGAGUGUCCUCUCCACCUGGAUGAGGUGCGUCACUUCCUCACCCUGUGCCCUGAGCUGUCUCUUGGCUGGUUCGAGGAGGGACGGCUGGUGGCAGUCAUCAUCGGUUCACUGUGGGACCAGGAGAGGCUUACCACGGAUGCUCUGACUCUCCAUAAGCCCCACGGGACCACCGUCCACAUCCACGUCCUGGCUGUCCAUAGGACUUUCCGUCAGCAGGGAAAAGGCUCCAUCCUGAUGUGGCGGUACCUCCAGUACCUCCGCUGCUUGCCCUAUGUCCGCCGUGCUGUGCUCAUGUGUGAGGACUUCCUGGUUCCCUUUUACCAAAAGUCAGGUUUCAAGGUGCAUGGCCCCAGUGACAUCACAGUGGGGCCCCUUACCUUCAUUGAAAUGUUCUAUCCGGUCCAGGGCCACGCCUUCAUGCGUCGUAACAGUGGUUGUUGA